CGAAAUCUGUCUAGCCUAGCAACUUAAACCUAGUCGCAUCAACUCCGCCUCGUUUUACCACUCACUCAGGCAAUCAGUCGACUGCUGACCGUUAAGACGUUCAAAAGGUGGUCAAACAACUUUAUUUUGCAUCGAAUCUGCUGAGAAGACACACGCGCAGCUUUAGUAGGUGUACGGAAGCAGUCCAAUCGGAUGAUCUAGCUACGUAAAAAUCCACUGAUUACGAAAACAUAUCAGCAUGAGUUGUGCUAGUGUUUUGACCAGCAAGGACCUGCCGGAUAUUGAGAACCUACUGGCACUGAAUCCACGCGUAAAAACCCAAGGCUCCCUCGUACCAACAACAGUCACCAAAACGGUAAAGAAGCACUGGAAGCGUAACACGGACCGAUCCUGUACCAGCUGUACUCCACUUACGAAUGACUUCUCCGACAUCAAGCAUACAACCCUUUCGGAACGAGCCGCCCUGCGUGAGGCAACACGUUGUCUGAAAUGUGCCGACGCUCCCUGCCAGAAGUCCUGCCCGACCCAGCUCGACAUCAAGAGCUUCAUCACCAGCAUUGCCAACAAAAACUACUAUGGCGCUGCGAAGGCCAUUUUCUCGGAUAACCCGCUGGGACUUACUUGCGGUAUGGUCUGUCCGACGAGCGAUCUUUGCGUCGGAGGUUGUAAUCUGCAGGCAGCCGAAGAAGGCGCAAUUAACAUUGGUGGGUUGCAACAAUUUGCCACCGAAGUGUUCAAACGAAUGGGAGUUCAUCAAAUCGUUCCACCCAAUGUUGCUCCACUGAAAUAUCCGAGCAAGAAAAUUGCCUUGCUAGGAGGUGGCCCAGCGUCGUUAUCGUGUGCUACAUUUUUGGGCCGUCUCGGAUACAAGGAUAUUACAAUCUAUGAGAAGCGCACCUAUUUUGGAGGUCUAAGCUCCUCGGAAAUUCCACAAUAUCGUCUUCCAUAUGACGUGGUAGAUUUUGAAAUCCGACUCGUGAAAGAUUUGGGCGUUAAGUUCGAAACAGGACGUAGUCUUUCCACCAAAGAUUUAACAGUCCAGAGUCUACUGGACUCUGGCAAUGACGCUGUUUUCCUCGGAAUUGGCUUACCCCAACCAAAGAUCGACAAAGUAUUCGCAGGGCUAAGCCAAAAGGAAGGUUUUUAUACAUCCAAAGACUUCUUGCCCAUGGUUUCCGACGGUAGCAAGCCAGGACUUUGUCCAUGUAAGUCAGCUGCUUCCAAGCUUCCAACAUUGAACGGGAACGUGAUCGUGCUAGGAGCAGGUGAUACGGCAUUCGAUUGCGCCACUUCAGCUCUUCGCUGUGGCGCUCGCAAAGUUUUCGUAGUCUUCCGGAAAGGCAACAACAACAUCCGUGCCGUCCCCGAAGAGGUCGAGCUUGCACGUGAAGAACGUUGUGAGUUUAUUCCGUUCAUGUCGCCCAAGGAAGUGAUCAUUAGAGACGGAAAGAUUGCUGCUAUUGAGUUUGUACGUACCGAACAGGAUGAAAGUGGAAACUGGAUUGAAGACACUGAUCAGACCACCCGCCUGAAAGCAAAUUUCAUCAUCUCGGCUUUCGGUUCUGGACUAAGCGAUAAAGAAGUUAUCGACGCGCUGAAACCAGUGCCUCUGAAUCGAUGGAAUCUACCGCAGGUAGACUCGAAAACCCAGCAAACACCAAUUCCAUCAGUCUUCUGUGGUGGAGAUCUUGCAGGAACAGCGGAAACAACUGUCGAAUCCGUCAACGACGGUAAAACUGCCGCUUGGUACAUCCAUUGCUAUCUUCAGAACAUAUCCUUCGAUGUACCCCCUCAACUCCCUCUGUUCUAUACCGAAAUUGAUAACGUUGACCUUUCUGUCGAGGUUUGUGGAGUGAAGUUCGAAAAUCCCUUUGGUUUAGCAUCGGCACCACCAACUACAAGUACAGCGAUGAUUCGUCGAGCUUUCGAGCAAGGCUGGGGCUUCGCCGUGACUAAGACGUUUUCGCUCGAGAAGGAUGUCGUUACCAAUGUGAGCCCACGAAUAGUUCGUGGUGUCACUGCUGGCCAUAAUUACGGUCCUCAGCAAGGAGCAUUCCUGAAUAUUGAAAUUAUUUCGGAAAAAUUUACCAACUACUGGUUAACUGGAAUCGCAGAGCUGAAGAAAGAUUUUCCAUCGAAAGUGGUAGUUGCAAGCAUUAUGUGCACGUAUAACGAAGAGGAUUGGACCGAGUUGGCGAAACGUGCCGAAGCAGCCGGUGCCGAUAUGUUGGAACUCAAUCUCUCCUGUCCUCAUGGUAUGGGAGAAUCUGGAAUGGGCUUAGCUUGUGGACAGGACCCCAAACUUGUAUACGAUAUAUCGCAGUGGGUACGAGCGGCAAUUAAGAUUCCAUUCUUCAUCAAACUUACCCCAAACAUAACCGACAUCGUAGCGAUCGCUCAAGCUGCUCAGAGGGGUAAAGCUGACGGAGUUUCAGCCAUCAACACUGUGCAAGGCCUAAUGUCCAUAAACGCAGACGGUGCGCCAUGGCCCGCCGUUGGUAUUGAGAAACGUACGACUUACGGUGGGGUUUCUGGAAACGCAACUCGACCACAAGCUUUGCGUGCCGUCUCGCUCAUUGGUAAUAAGAUGCCUGGAUUCCCGAUAUGCGGUAUUGGUGGAAUUGACUCCGCUGAUGUUGCUUUGCAAUUUAUCCAAUGUGGAGCUCCUAUUUUACAAAUUUGUUCGUCAGUCCAAAACCAAGACUUCACCGUCGUUGAAGACUAUAUACUAGGUCUAAAGGCGUUGUUGUAUCUGAAAGCGAAUCCACCGCCAGAAAGUCUUCCCUGGGACGGUCAAUCACCACCAACUCAGAAAUUACAAAAGGGAAAACCGGUAGCUCCAAUCCUCGACGAUGAUGGAAAACCAUUGCUGAAUUUCGGAGAGUACAAGAAAAGAAAAGAAGAGAAGCUUUUUCAGUUGCGGAAACAAAAUGGACCUUUAUGGGAUCCCUGUGCGAAAGAGAAUGAACAGAACCACAACGGAAUGGAGCCAGAGACGGUUAAGCCAGCUCCUAGAAUCAAAGACGUACUUGGAGCGGCCUUAUCAAAAAUUGUAUCAUUUAAAAGUCUUGACAACAAACAACAAGUGGUGGCUCUAAUCGAUGAUGACCUUUGUAUAAACUGUGGAAAAUGCUAUAUGACUUGCGCGGAUUCCGGCUAUCAAGCUAUUAAAUUCGACCCAAAAACACAUUUGCCUCACGUAACGGAUGAUUGCACAGGAUGCAACCUGUGCCUGUCGGUUUGUCCGAUUAUCGAUUGUAUCAACAUGGUGCCGAAGAAAAUACCUCAUGUCAUCAAACGCGGACAGGGCAAUCAAACAGUUUCCGUACAUGCACUAUCGCCAUGUCAAUGAAAAUUGACGAUAUCCUUUCUGUUUUAAAGAAUUCGUUUUUCACCAAUAUCUGAUUAAAUACAAUUUACGACGAUUUUUAAUAAAAAUAACCUAGAAAAAUAAUCUUUCGAAGGCAACU